AUCAAAGCAGAACGAGAAUUGAAGUACGGAGACAACAGGAGACAAAACCAAAACAACAAACAACAGGAUCAGAACAAAUACAACCGGAAAAAACACGACCACUUCAAAAACAACAAAAAACCAAAACACAAGCACCCAGAAUCGGUCUCGGUGUGAGCCUAUGGAAGAACACCGUGUCGAUUCCAACAAAUUUUGCAGUCAAGCCUUCAAAUCGGCCCCAAAGGUGAGAACAGCUCCUUGAGUAUUUAAAAACACCCUUCUCACGCACAUCAGCCGCACGGAACUGAAUGCGCCGGAUAAUACUUUUUGUUUGGCCCGUGACGUAGAUAUUGACCCAGAAUAUCGCCUACCAGCUUGUCUGCAUGCGCGGUCCUGUACCUCGGCUGUUGCAAUCGAGCCGAAGAUAAAUACCAGAUGUAGGCCCAAUUCGGGUCCAGAAACAGACCUGUCUCUUUCGCUACGCUGGGGCAAAAACCAGAGACAUGGACUUGGAUAUAGCUUUGAAUCAGUUUUCGGGCAUUGGCGACGUCGCCCCGCCCCGGGAAAUCGAGGUCCAGACAUCCUCCGGAGUUAAUGGCACGCUUGCAGUGCCUCACUCGGUGGACAAGGCGGAUUUUUUGCAGUUGGGCUAUGCGCCGCCCACCCACAAAAUGGCGGUCAUUUUGCACGGCCAGGGCGGCCACCGCAACUACUGCUACCAGAAAAAGUUGGCGCACAAGUUGGCCGCGGAGUUGGGCAUGUACUCCCUCAGAAUCGACUUCCGGGGCUGCGGGGCACUGGCCGAUGUGGCCGAUUUGGCCGUCGGCAGAACCCUCCAGCUGGACGUCCAGGAUAUCCAGGCCGCCGCGGAGCUUGUUGUGGACGCUCGUAAAAACCCACUCAAUAUCUGUUUCGACUUGCUGGCCAUAGUGGCGCAUUCCAGAGGUUCGUUGGCCAUGUUUCUCUGGGCCGUGGAACAGGAGAAUCUCUUGCAAGACCCGCGCACCGCGGCACGUGCUAUCGCCGUUCCAAACCUCAUCAACUGCUCCCUGAGAUUCCGCCUGUUCACGGUGCUCGACCGCUAUCCGAUCCACGAAAAGGGGUUCGAGUGGAUGGAGCAAAAAGCACUCAGGCACGGCGAAAUGAGGCACGUGCGGAUCACCAACGACGAGCUCCAGUCGCUCGCGUCGGCCGACACGGCGCAGUUUGCCUGCUUGUCCCCGCAAUGGGCUGUUUUGAGCAUCUACGGGACAGAGGACACCAUCAUCUCGAAACAGGACUGCGCGUACUACGCCAACAUCUUCAACCGGGGCCCUUACACGCACCACUUGGAGCUUAUCGACGGCGCGGACCACAACUUCUACGGGGUCAAGCCCAUGGAGCACGGCGCGGAAAUGCCCGUCUCAAACCCGCACAACUUGCCGCUUCUGAAGAACAAGGUCAUCAACUACAACUAUGUGGUGUGCGCCAUGGUGGUGAAGUAUCUCCGGCCGGACCAGGAGUUGCGCCGGUUCCAGGCCAUGUCGCGCCACAUUGGCGGCUUUCCCCGUGUCAAGCAUGUCGAUGGCAUCUCCAACUUCCGGGACUUGGGCGGCUGGAGAGUGUACAAGCCCACGUUCCAGACCCAGCUGGAACUGGCCUGCAAGUACUUUGUGCGUCCCAACCUCAUGUACCGCUGUGCCAACCCAGCCGGCGUCACCGAAGCAGGCUACAAGACGCUCCAGGACUUGGGUGUGAAGGCUAUAUUCGACCUUCGUUCAGAGGAUGAAUGCGCCAAAGACGGCAUUCCCGAGGACCUUGUUUCCGUGGGAAUUGAGCGCAUCCACGCGCCAGUUUUCAAGCACGAGGAUUACUCCCCCGAGGCCAUUGCUCUCCGCUUGUCCCACUUGAUCACGUCCUGGCACACAUAUGUGCAGAUCUACGCCCAGAUCUUGCAAAGGGGAGAGGACCUGUUCCGUACAAUGUUCGAGCAUCUUCGAGACAAGCCCCACACACCGCUUUUGUUCCACUGUACUGCGGGGAAAGACCGCACGGGUGUCUUUGGCAUGUUGGUGCUCCUUCUCGCGGGUGUGGAUAAGUUCACGAUUUCGAAGGAAUACGCGUUGACCACGUAUGGUUUGGUGCCUGACCAUGCGCGGAUCAGAGAGAGGUUUUUGGCGGGCAUGAAGAAGACACAGAGCGGGGAACAAGGCGAGGCCUUGGCGCAAAUGAUCCUCCAGGGCCGCAAAAAUUGGUCCAUCGAAGUGGACGGCUUCAACAAUCUCAUCAGCUCUCGUGCCGAGGCAAUGCUUGCUACUAUCGAGCUUUUGGACACUGAGUAUGGUGGCGUUCUCGGCUACAUGGAAAAACACUUGAAGUUCUCCAAAGAAGACAUCGAGGCUAUUUUCUGCAAUAUUAUGGCCAAGCCAGACGCGUCGGUGACUCCGACAGCGUGGCCAAGUUAUGACUAG